UUUUUCAAUACGGAAGGGUUCACUUAUUGGGCCGGCUGGGUGUGAGCAAAGUUUUUUUUAAACGCCCAACACAUAGGUUUUUUUCACAUACCCACUUUACUCCCGAUCGAUUUUCUUCAAUUCGAGAGCUCUACUCGCACUAACCCUAUACUUCAAGAUCCGUCUUCUCCAUCUUCUGCCAGACCAGAGAUGGAUCGAUUUACUCCAUCGUUGCCUUACUCCAUCACUGUACUCCAUCGCGACGGUCGACGAUAUCAUCGAGGACGUAGAUCCAGCAGAAACGGUCGAUGAUUUCGAGCCUGGAAGAGUCCCAGACGGUGUGUGGCCGUCGUUCUUGGUCCGGCCGAGUGACAUCGCACGUCUCCUCGCUGGUUCUUCUUCAUCAGCGAUUAUCAUCUAUUCCAGCAACCUGCCCCCCGACCUAGCUAAUUGACAGACUAAGUCGAUGAUUUUUCUCCUUUUGGGAAUACCAGCCGAUGAACGGAGAUGGUAGCCAGCAGAAUGAGGAGUAGAUGUUGUUGGUUACUAACUAGCAGCAGGAAAAAGAAGGUUAGGUGCUUUGUAAGUCUUGUGAGGAGGAAGGUGCAGCUGAUUUUUGCCAGUGAGAAGGAUGACCUCUGUACUGGUGCAGCCUCACAUGGGCAGCUUUGUAAAGUUUAACGAUGCAUCUGAAGAUGGACGAACCAUGUUGCUGCAACAAACAAUUCAACAAUCAAUGAACUCGCUGCCGCAUCAAACCAUUGGUUUGUUCUUUAUCGGUUUUUCAUGCUUCUAGAAAACUUAAAGCCAUAAAGGGUUGUGUGUACGUGAUUAUAAAGAGUUUCCAUGAAUUAGUCAAAGCUUCAAUGGUGUCUUGGAGAUUUUGUAAGUUGUUUAUAAAACUAAAUUGUCACCUUCUACUUGAUGUUUGAUGUUUGAUGUUUCUGCUUCAAUUUGUGUUUCCUAGAUACAUAAAGUUUGAUUAGAAGUUAAACCAAGGAAUAUAUACAAUAACAAUUGGCAAAACUAUGCAAACAUUAUAGCAUUAACUUGAUGUUACGUAGACAUAAUCAUGAUUCUUAAUUUAUCUUUGAGAAAAAAUAAGAGAUGGAGUGUGACUUAUAUUUCAUUUACAAUAAUAGUUGACUUUGCUACUUGAAAAGGCAUAGGUUGAAAAAAACUAAGAGUUGGGCUGUGAUUUUUAUUCCAUUUUUUAUCAGUUUCUCUACCUUCCUAUCUUAUAUACAUUGUUUUAGCACACUUUCUUUUAUUUUAACUUGUGUUUUGUUGUUUUGACUUAUGCUUGAAGGGGGCUGCACACUUCAACUUGAAUUUAGGUGAUCUCUUCUUGGAAACCUCUAUUUACCAGAUUAUCUUCUUUAUUUUUUUGAGAACCUCCUUCAAUUUGACUGAUAAAGAGCACAUUUUUCUCAUUUUAAUGAAAACCAUAUCUGGCACGCUGGCACGCUGGCAUGCUGGCACUGAUGCCUAAGUUUGCUUCAGUUACCGAAUCUUUGUGGUGCAUGACAUUUGUAUUCGUUGACCAUUGGUUCAAAUAUACUCAACCAUGUGAAAACAUAUACUAUUAAUAUAUUCUUGUGAUUGUAAUGCCAUGCAGCCCUGACAAGACCCUAUCAAUGUUUUAAAACUAGGCUGGACCAGCUGGUUGGAUUGGUUACUAGAGGUGAUGGUAAGAGGUUAGGUGAAGCCUGAAGUAAUGUGGGGGGAAGUGGCCGGAACGUCUUCAUACCCAAACCACUUAGACUAAUCGCCGGAUCACUCCAGAAAAGUCUCUCAUAUUCGCAGGGAGGAUAAGUAUGAAUUGGCGGCCUGUGAACUUUCUAUCUCAAUGUUAGCAAUUAAUUGUUUGCAAGGCGCAAACCGAUAGAAAACGAAGGAUCUUGUUCUUCAUUCGGAAUUGAAUUCUUCCUUUCCAGCAUUCCAAGCUUUCAUGUCAAAGACAAACAUGGCUUCUUCACAUUCAACUGAAAACUGCCUUGGAUGGGCUGCCAGAGACCCAUCCGGAGUUCUUUCUCCUUACAAUUUAAGCCGCAGGGUUACCGGGAGUGAUGAUGUUUCGCUAGAUAUUUCCUAUUGUGGCAUUUGCUAUGCUGAUGUGGCGUGGACAAGGAGUCUUCAUGGGCCUUCCAAGUAUCCUUUAGUGCCUGGACAUGAGAUUGUAGGAAUUGUGAAAGAGGUUGGCUCCAACAUCCAGUGCUUUAAAGUGGGUGAUGCUGUGGGAGUUGGAACUUACGUCAACUCAUGCAGGGAGUGUGAGUACUGUUAGGAAGGGUUAGAAAAUGAGUGUUCAAAGGGAUGAUACUCAAGUUACUAAGGGAGGAUACUCAAGUUACAUUGUUGUUCAUGAAAGGUACUGCUACAAAAUUCCCGAAAGCUACCCUCUUGUAAUGGAAGUUCAAUAAAAGGCCAUCAUAUAGUCUUGAUUGAUGAAAAAAAACACUUUGCAGGUGAUGACUUAAUUUUGUGCAGCAUAAAAUGUGAUGUCUAAGUAUAUUAGAAGAAAUGUGAAGGCCCU